AUGCUGGAAACAACAACAACAACAACAACAAAUACAACCAUGAAAACGAUCGUGAUGGGUGAUGAGAAGAAUUUCAACAUUGCAUUCACAUUACCCGUAAAGACCUACACACGGGUCAAGUUAUUAGGAAGUGGUGGACAAGGAAAUGUGACUUUGGUGAAAAUUGAAAAACGAAAGAAGAAGAAAUCAUCAAAAUUGUAUCAUCAUCAACACCACCACUCCAUCGAUGAAUGUGUUCCGAAUUGUACACCAACAACUACAUCAGCAACAUCGACCACUGGUUCAUCAUCCACCACUACAACCACUGAUUCAUCAUCUUCAUCACCAUCGAAUCACUCUCAAGAACAUGUUAUUCAUCAACAAUCAUCACCACCACACGAAGAAGAAGAAAUGGUGAUCAUUGAAAAAUUUCGAGCUCUCAAGAGAAUAUUUUGUGUAGGAUUGGAUCAAUUAAAUUUAGCUCUUCGAGAAGCACAAUCGGUAUUACAAAUUGGUUCUCAUCCAAAUAUUGUGAAAUGUUAUAAUUUUUUCAUUGAACGAUCGGAACAUGUCACAAAUAGAGGAUUGGAAAAUAUUACAACCAUUGAAAAUGAAUGUGUUUGUAUCAUGUAUGAAUAUUGUGAAAAAGGAUCUCUUGCAGAUGUCAUUCGGUCUAAAAGAACUUGUAACAAAAUAAUACCUUGGAAUACUGUACUCGAUUUUUUCAAACAAAUUUUAAGGGGAAUUCAAUUUAUUCAUCAAAAUAAUAUUUGUCAUCGAGAUAUGAAACCUGCAAAUGUCUUUCUGAGUUCAUUGACAACAUCAAAGGAUCAUUCCUGGGUGUUAAAAAUUGGAGACUUUGGUUUUGCAAAAGCAGUGACAGAAACCUCACAAAGUAUGGACACUGUGUUAGGGACACAAUCUUUUGUUGCACCAGAAAUUAGACAAUUUCAUCCUUAUACAAAAGCUGUGGAUAUUUGGGGACUUGGGUGUAUUCUUCUAGAAAUGCUUCUUCCAAAAACUUUUGAUUACUCUUACGAAUGGGCUUUUAAUUCUGGAAAAACCAUUUUGGAUCUCAUCAAGAAACGCUAUCAAGAGCAAGAAAUUAUUGAACUCGUUCAUUUCAUUAUGAAAAUGGAUCCAAAUGAAAGACCUAAUGCCUCUCAAGUUUUGAAUUAUUUGAAAAGUUCAGUUGUGGUUGAAAAUGAAUUGAAUGAACAGGAAACAAUGAUCAAGGAUGACUUUUUUGACAGAAAUCUGAAGGAUCAAGAAAUUCUUUUUCUCAAGUCACAAAUACAAUCCUUGAAAGGACGAAUUCAUGAAUUACAACAUCAAGUGGAACAACAGGAAGAAGAAAUAUUUUACCUAAAUCAUCCAGAACAUCUUCCAAAUCGAUCCAAUAAUCUCGUUAAUCCUUCAAUACCUGUCAUUUCCUCAUCUUCAAACUCGUCUUCAUCAAACUCCAACAAUAUGAAAACCCUCAUGGUGAUGGAAAAUACUUUACGGAACUUUUUGAGUACCAAAACAUCCAAUGUUGAAAAUCCUCUCAAAAUAAUUCCUUUUAAAGAUUUCAAACUCGAUCCUUCUAUACCAACUGUCAAAGGUUCAUUAUUUGUCAUUUCAUUUGGUACUAUUAAAUCGAAAGACAUUAAUAAUGGAGAGGAAACAAAAGUUGCUUUAAAAACACUCUUAACUCGUUACAAGACAGAUUUCGAUCAAGUUGUGAAACUUUUAGGAUUGGAAUUUCAUUCAAAAAUUUCACAUCCAGCCAUUGAGAAGAUCUAUGGAUUGACUAAAAAUGGAAAAGAAUAUUGUAUUCUUGGAGAGCCAUGCACGGGUGGAAAUUUGAGACAGGUAUUAUUGAACCGAAAUAUUAGAAUUAGUUUUUCGAUGAAAGUUGAUUAUUGUUAUCAUAUUUCAAGUGCAUUACUCUAUUUGUAUGAACAGAAUCGUUCUAUUGGAGCUCUUUCACUUUAUCAUAUUGCUCUCACUGAAAAUUUAACACUUCCAAAAAUUACCACAUGGCACACCUGUUCCGAAUUGUUCAAUGACAAACGUGUGGGUGCCAUGAAAUCACUACUCAAACAAUUAGGAGGAAUUUGUUGGUGCAUUUUAAUACGUGAAAAUUCAGAGAUCAUUCGAAACUUUUUCAAGAGUGAUCAAUUUUGUCCCAACUCGGAACAAGUCAUUCUCACCUAUUUAUCCUCACCAACAACACCAACCUCUCAACAAAUGGUUUGGAUUCAUGAAUAUAUUGAAAUUGUCAAUACAUGCUUUUCUCUUGUCAAUAAGAUGAAUAAGGAAGAUGCUUCAGAUCAUGAACUCUUGAAUGGAAUGUUUAGAAAAAUAGUGUUUCGAUGGGGAAAGUUGAGAGAAACGAUGAUGAGUGUGGUGGAUAAUACGACGAAUGGUUUUUAA